UGUAUGAUGGCGACGAUGAUGAUGAUGAUGAUGAUGAUGCCGGAGGUGACAGCGAAUCCAAAAGGAGGCAAACACCAUCAUGCAAAGGAGCACAAGGUUUCCUCCCAUGAACCAUCGCUGGAAACCGUCCCGCUGCAGCUCGACUCCAACACGAUGGUUCCCUCCAAAAUCAUCAGACCGCUGGAGAACUCCUCCAUUUCCCCAUGGACCUACAAAGUGAGCCACGACCCGUCUCUGCACCCUGCGAUGCUGUCGGAGGCUCAGUGUUUGCUGCGUGGCUGUUUGGAUAAGGAAGGCAUCGAGGACCUGAGCCUGGAGUCCAGACCCAUCCUGCACCAGAUGAUGCUGCUGCGCCGGGUCAGAUCAGCUGGUGAGACCAACUACCACUACCGCCUGGAGUCCCGCCUCAUCGCUGUGGGCUGCACCUGCGUCCGACCCGUCAUCCAGUACCAGAAGUGA